CACUUUAGAAAUAUCGUCAGGACAAGAAUGAUAGGAACGCUGGUUUUGGUGGCACUUGCUGCCGGAGUAUGGGCUAUUCCUCCACCUCGACCAGAGGAGUAUGACUUUCUGAAUCAAAACUACACCCUCCCCCUUCAUAUCUUGAAGAGAGCCUCGUUUAAAGAACGAUAUGUUUUACAAGGUGGGGCCGUUGUGAGCAGCAAACCCAGCGCUGCCCAUAUCGUCGUCUCUGCCACCCAUCGAUGUAGCGACCAAGCCUUGGACAAGGCAGCUCAUGGAGUGAGCCUAAUGGUUCGACACAUGCCAUACGAGGUCUUCUAUGGUGUCAGCCGAUCUCACGGUCUGGGAAUCUUCACCCAGGCUGAAUCUAUGGCAGCCUAUCCCGAGAACUACAAUCUGGCUGACACCCCACAAUGUAGAGGUCGAUGUUCCGGAAGCUGUGCCCAUACUUGUACAUUCGACGGCAGAAAAUGGUCAAGCAUUGCUGGAUUAACCAACUCCAGAAGUGUGGUCUUAGAUCACGUGGUCAUGUGUGAUCGAUAUGACCCCUAUCACCAUAACGACAACAUCCUGGUCCAUGAGUUCGGUCAUCUUGUUAUGGGAUACAUGCCUUCACAAUGGAGAUCCAAGAUCAAUGCUGCAUACAGUCACGAGAAAUACGCCAGACUCUGGAAACCCGGUGUCUACGCUACAGCCAAUUCAGCUGAAUAUUGGGCCGAGGCCACUGAAGCUUUCUUCAUGGCAACAACCAGAACUGACGUCACAGGAGGUACCAAUAUGUGUGGUACUUCCCAUCCUUGUUCUACUGAAGCUCAAGCUCGAUCUUACUUGAGUCAGCACGAUCCCCAGUUAUUCGAUGUCCUGAGUUAUGCCUACACCAACCACCAUCCUGAACUUCCCGGCAACAUCAAAGUCUGUUUGUAAUUGAAGAAUAACAAAUAUAUAUUAAGGUCUGCU